AAAAUGGAUUUCCUGAGUUGGAGAGUUUUUCAAAUCCCAACUUUAAAAUAAUUUAUCAGCAUUGGCUUCAUUCAGAAAACAAAUCUCAAAUUUCCAACCUGUGAGCGCACAUUGCACCUGCCCUGCCCUUAAAUAUGGUUUCCUAUUCUAAUUUCUAAUCAUCUUUAAACUUCCAAAUCACCUGAGACUUGUCAUCCGUAUAUAUUAUAAACACAACACAAGAAGCUUGCCGCUCGCUCUCUCGAUCUCCUUCUCUCUUCUCUCUUCUCUCUGGUAAGUAUCGAUGGCGGAAAGAAGAUCGCCGGCCCCGCUGCUGUUUCGGAGACGAUCCAGCGGUGAAAUCCAGAACUUAGCCACCGUCUCAAGUAGCCUGUUGCCGGCGUUCGGAACAAUCGUCGACGACGGUUACCUGAACCUCAAAAACUACAUCAUCGCUCCUUACGAUCGAAGAUAUCGGUGGUGGCAGACGUUUCUGGUGGUGCUGGUGUUGUACUCUGCAUGGGCGUCUAUUUUCGAGUUGGCAUUCAAGAGAGCGGCGACGGGGAAUCUCACCAAAGUCGACCUCGUAGUUGACGGUUUUUUCGCCAUUGAUAUCAUACUCACUUUCUUCGUGGCUUACUUGGAUAAAUCCACCUAUCUCCUCGUAGACGAUCACAGGAAAAUCGCAUUAAGGUAUGUGACGAGGUUAUGGUUUUUUAUGGAUGUAGCCUCAACUCUGCCAUUCCAGUUAAUGUUCAACAAUUCCAGAGGGAAAAGGCCGGCUAGUGAGGCCUUUGCCUUCCUCAACUUGCUUCGCCUCUGGCGUCUCUGGCGCGUUAGCGACCUCUUCAAAAGGUUAGAGAAGGAUAUAAACUUCAGCUACUUCUGGACAAGACUUUUGAAAUUAAUUUGUGUUACACUACUCGCGGUGCACUCAUCAGGUUGCAUUUACUAUUGGCUGGCUUACAACCAUAAAGUAUCCAAAGAGACGUGGAUCGGAUCUUUGGUACAAGAUUUCAAGAACAGAAGCAUUUGGCUGGGUUACACCUAUUCCAUCUACUGGGCAAUUGUUACACUCACCACCGUUGGCUAUGGAGAUCUGCACGCAGUCAAUAUGCAAGAGAAGAUUUUCGAAGUUUUCUACAUGCUAUUCAACAUUGGUCUCACCGCUUAUAUAAUCGGUAACAUGACAAAUCUCAUCGUCCAUGCGGCAGUCAGAACCUUUGCCAUGAGGGAUGCCAUCAAUGAGUUAUUGCGAUAUGCUAGCAAGAAUAGACUCCCGCAAGGAUUGAGCGAGCAAAUGCUGGCACAUAUGCAACUCAAGUUCAAGACUGCAGAGUUGCAACAAGAGGAAGUAUUGCAGGACCUGCCUAAGGCAAUAAGAUCCAGCAUUGCGCAGCACCUUUUCCAUGAGACUGUUGAAAAGGCCUAUCUAUUCAGAGGAGUCUCCGAAGACCUUAUUGUUCAGCUGGUGUCAGAGAUGAAAGCAGAGUAUUUCCCACCAAAAGUUGAAAUACUUUUACAAAAUGAGAUACCUACAGAUUUCUACAUCUUGGUAUCCGGAGCAGUGGAUGUGGUGACAAACACGAACGGAGUGGAGCAGUCUUUGUCAAAACUAGGAUCUGCCGAUCUGGCAGGGGAAAUUGGGGUCAUUUUCAACAUCCCACAACCUUUUACCGUGCGAACAAAGAGGCUUUCCCAGGUCAUCAGAAUUAGUCAUCAUCAUUUCAAACAAAUGGUGCAGCCACACAGCGAAGAUGGGAAGAAAAUUAUUUCUAACUUCAUUCAGGAAAAGAAAAGGGAAUUAAUAAAAAAAAAUAUUCAUGAAAAUAUUCUAAAAAAAAUUAUUUCACAUGAAACCUGUAAAGUUCCAACCAAAUUACUGGAAAAUGUAGGAUGCUAUGAAUUUGACGAGCAAAGAAACCAUCUGAACUCCGUAGAAAAGGAUACAAUAGAAAUACCACAAUUCCUAGGAAAUGUUGUUUGCAACUCACCCAAAGUGCAGAUGUGCUUUAUGCUGACUCUUGCAUUCUCAGUACUUGAAGGGCUUAAAACAAGAUGUGCUACAAGAAAUACCAUUCCUCCAAGAAAUGCUGGGUGAUCCAAGUAUAGAGGUAUGUCUUACAAACCCAAAUAGUAUUUAGCAGAACUAUCUAAAUGUUAUUUACCUCUUCUGCAAGGAAUAAUAAUAAUAAUGAAAAAAAAAAAAGAGUUAGCUUUCUAAUAAUCAAGGAUUAUUAUAAGACCUUUGAUAUUCAAGCACAAACUAGAGGUUUAGUUUGUUAACUGAAUGUUUUAAGGUUGAAUCUAUAAACCAGACAGACCUAUUUAUUCUUUGAGCUGUUUCAUGAGAUCAAAAACUUGAACACCAUAAAAAUCCUAUCAACACAAUCGACACUAUCACUAAAAAUGUUUUAACUUCCCUAUUUUUUGUUGUUUCUACAGCAAACAAGCUUCAUAUCUCCAUGAAAUAAAGAAAUCUAAAUCACUCUAAUUCUUAUUGAAAAGAACAAAACCUUAAUUUAACAGUGCCCCUUAAGUGUUCUUUGCAGCGUACGGUUCAAAAUGAGGAACAUAACAAUGGUGCAUCAGAUUUUUCCGGAGAUGCAAAUGCAGAAGGAACACAGGAAACUUUUAGUUCAUUACCAAGGACAUUCCGGACUCGGGUGAUUAUCCACGAGCAUCAUCCAAAUGAAAGUGCAGCUGACAAAAUGGGAAAGCUCAUAUACCUACCAGAUUCAGUUGAAGAUCUCUUCAGACUAGCAGAGAAAAAGUUUGGAAAACAAGGAAGCACCAUACUUAUGGCUGAUGGCUCACAAGUUGAAGAACUGAAUGCAUUAAGAGAGAAUGACCAUUUGUUCAUCAUUUGAAUGGUAAACUCAUUUAGACCAGUUUG